CGCACGAGUGAAACCAAUUACCUGAACGAAGCCUAUUCCUUCUACUCGGCCAUCAGAGCCAGAGGUUAUUACAGCAAAGCGGCCAAAGAGGAAAGGGCUGACCUCAUGGUCAAGAAGUUGCGAUACUUCGCCCGCUUUAUAGUCGUAUGCCUUUUGCUCAAGAAAAUGAAAUUAGUUCGCGAUUUAGUGCGGGAGUUGGCCAAACAGAUCGACGACUACACCGUCACCUAUGACCCCGACGACCAGCUCGAGUGGUCGCUAGUCUUAAGUGAGAUCAAGUCGUUUAUAGAGGCCGACAACAUUGUGACGGUCGUAGACAUGGACAACAUUCCUCUAAUAAUAUCCCAUCGAUUGAGUCCAAUGAAUACACCGCCGUUGGAGAAAGUGGUCACAAGUCAUCUGACACUACAAGAGAUACUGAUUGUUGGCAACUGUUCCGAUCAGGUGAAGUUCAGUGAACUCACGUUAGAUAUGUUUCGUAUGCUUCAGGCGCUGGAACGGGAGCCUCAGGAGGACAUCGCGCAGAUGUACGACAUCUCGCCGGCGCCCACCGGACGCAUGCCGUUCGGCACCGAGAACGGGGACCACCGAAGCGGCGGCGGCAGCGGCGCCGGUGGAGUGGGCAUCGGGGGCGGCGUGUCGUCGACCGGCAAACGGGAUAACCCGCACAAAUACCUGCUCUAUAAGCCCACGUUCAGCCAGUUCUUCGUGUUCCUGGCCUCCGGGUUUAAGGAGUUGCCGGCAAACGGCGUGCUAUUACUGUAUCUGUCGGCCGACGGCUGCUUCGUCAACAACAAACACCCGGACGACGUUGGCUACGACUACGGCGGCGUCAUAACGAACACGAAGUCGAGGGACCAGUCGCUGGCCGACCAGAACAAGCGUCAGAUGGUGUCGAAG